UAUUUAAUUGUUACUUAAGAAAUAACUAUGUUCCAUAACCUUUACGUAAAAGAAGGUCCUUCUACGUAAUGAGUAUUAAAAUCGUGUUACGUAAAAUGAUAAGUUAUUACGGAAGUCUUACGCAAUGCUUGUGAUUUAACUGUUAUGUAAGAAUUAACUAUCAUUACGUAAACUUUACGUAAUGGAUGUGUAUUUUACGUAACAAUUGUAAAAUGUCAUUACAGAAAUCUUACGUAUUGGAAGGUCCCGUUACGUAAUGAGUAUUAAGCUCGCGUUACAUAAAGUGCUAAGUCGUUACGAAAGCCUUACGUAAUGCUUUAAGUGUUACGUAAGAAAUAACUAUCGUUACAUAAUGGAUGUGUGUUUUACGUAACAGUUGUAAAAUGUCAUUACGGAAACCUUACGUAAUGGAAGGUCCCUUUACGUAAUGAGUAUUAAUCUCGCGUUACGUAAACUGCUAAGUCGUUACGAAAACCUUACGUAAUGCUUCUUGUUUAAGCCACGAAACUCCGUACGGGUCAGCCGAAUUCCACUCUUGACCGGAUCUGUGACGAGGACGUCAAAGGCCUUCGAGAACAGGAAUCCACGCUGGCACUUCGAUGGGGGCGCCUGCACCCUGCGUAAAAUGGGCACACGGGGCCUUCGCGGCCCGUUAGCACUCCAACUAUCAAGUCAGUCGAGUUUCUAGAGAGAUAAGUGCCGAGAGAGUUCUUAUUGAGAGAAAUCAACUUGCUUAAAUGCCACCUAGGCAUGACAAUUACCCACCCAUUAGUAUUUUUGCCCAAACCCAAUUAUACCCAUCUACUAUGGGUAGGCCCGUAGGGUAUGGAUUUAUUCUAUAUGGGUUUGGAUAGUACUUGGGUGGUAGGCGGGGUUGGAUUUGGAUUUUAUUAUCAAAGUGAAAAUAGAUAUGGGUUGGAUAUGGGUACCCAUCACUUUGGAUUUGUUUGUAGAUAUUUAUUUUUUAAGGUACCAAAUGUAAAACAAUAAAUUAUGAAGUAUCAAAUUAUAAUUUUUCAUGCAUAAUGCUGGACCUGUUUUUAUUUCUUUAUAAAGUUCAGGUACUAAAUAGUAAAUUGAUAUGCAAAUUCAGCAGUGAAACAUGCCGCCGGAAUUUCCUCCGUCGACCGAUCUCUGACAGUUCGCCGACAACCGGAAAACGUCGCUGGUGGAGCUGGUACCUGGUUUGCCAGUGUACCUGGAGCUGUGCUCCAACUUCGUGGAUUGAUGGUGGCUUAUACCUAGCAAGAAUUUGUGGUUCCGAUGAAGAGCGUCGAGCGGCUGCUUGCGAAUGGAAGGGGAAUCCGAGCUCGUCAGUGAUUCGGACGGAGGCAUUGCAGAAGAAAUCGAGGACCAGGGCUUUCACUAGUUUUGAUUUGGAGAGGUCGGAGAGCGAGUCGCGGAGGUUGGAGUUUUGGAGCAGGGGGAGCGGGGAAGGCGGUGGCGAAAUUGCCGUUGGCCGGAGAAGGGAAAGAGUACGCGGAAGGGGAGAGUCGCGGAGGUUGGGGUUUUGGAGCAUGGGGAGGCGGUGGCAAAAUUGUCGCCACCGGGAGGAGGGACUGAAUGAGAGAGUACGCGGGUCACGGAAGGAGUGAGUCGAGGAGGUUGGGGUCUUCCACUUCCCAAGUUUCCCAGAACCCAGAUCCUUUUGGAGUUGCAGUCCUAGCAGGGGAGUAAAUUACAACCUAUAAUGCAUUAUGGAACUAUUCCAAUUAGCUAUGUUGAAGGAUUUGAAAGAAGGCGAUAGGUCGGGGCGCUAGUUCUGGGAGAAACCAGCAGUGGAGAGAUCUGGAGAGGGUGAGCGAAAGGGUAGGGGCUAAUCCUUCUGUUGCUUCCUUUUCUGGUUGUUUGCGCAGGUCACAGGUCAAGGUUUUGGCGGCGGUGAUGGUAGACGAUUGGAUGAGUUUUUCGCUGAAUGAAAGGUUUGUAACCAAGCUGGUCUCGGUUGAAAGAGAAGAAGGUGGCGGUGCUGUCUGGUACCGGCUAUAGGUGAAAGAAUCUUCGAAAAGGUGGUUUGUUCUGCUGAGUGAAGAUUUGCUAGAUUGGUUACAGGGCAUUCUUCAGACAGCGGCAAUGAGAGACUGGAAAUUUGGAAAAGAGUAUAUUAAGAGAAGUGGAGAACGUGUGAUUCAUGUUGGCAGAACCGCUCUUAAAAAUAAAGCUGUUCUUCAGAUCUCUGAAAUGGUUGCCACUGGAAGAGUGUUUAAGGUUUUGAUAUCGGAACCGGAUGGCAAGAAGGGGUGGGCCUCCCUCAUCGACUUACUGCAGGACUUCUAUACGCUUGAACGAAGGGCUAUGGGGAGCUAUUUAGAGAGACCAUUCGAACAUCUUGUGUUCCAGCCUCCGUCGGGUCAGCAAGUCAGGACGUUUGCAGAAGUUGUUAAAAGUGGAGGAUUUUAUGGUGCAGGGAAGUGCUGUAUCAAAGGCUCUAGGAGGGAUAGAUUCAUAGAAGUUGGUGAUGAAGGAGUUCAGAACAGACAAGAUCUAAUGGGAAAGUGCCUGGAGAUCCAACUCUCUUCCAAAUCAAUCAACAUCUGCACACAAUCUACUGCCGAUGAGUUCAAGAGAUGGGCUAACAAAAAGUGGGCCAUUGAUUCAAAUUAUGGCUGGAUUGACAAGGGGAUUGGAAAAUGGAUGCUUAUCUGCCCGAGCUGGCAUCAGGCAAUGCGUGUUAGAAGCUUUGAUCAAUGCAGUUUUCAGAAUCUUUCAAUCAUAGUCUCGUACUGGAAAGAAGAGAGCAGGGGAGACGCUUCGGAUACCAUGUGGAUUCUAGUCACCGGAAUCCCCUGUCAUCUGAAAAGCGUUGACCUCAUCAAAGAGAUCGAGAAAUUCUGUGGGUUCUUAGUUGAAGUUGAUUGGAAUCACUGGUCGGCCGAUUUUAUCAGAAUUCGGGUUAGGGUUGAUAAUUUCUUGCCGGAUUGCACCCCGAUCUUAUUCGCCGGUAGAUGGUAUCGGAUGAAAGUCGUGCGGGCGGACCUUGAUGAGGCGUCAUCAUUAUUGGACUCUCAACCGAGAAGAGUGUCGAUGAGAUUAAUUACGGAAGAUGAAGCGCUGCAUGGGAACGGUCGCUCGCGUGGAUGCAUGACGGCGGGUACAGGGAGUGAAGUUAGGUUUCCUGAAAAUUCAAAUCGCAAAUCAGGCCCUCCAUUGUCUCCAGUUGGGCCAACGCAAAGAGGUCGGGUUAAAAAAGUUUUGGUUAGGAAGUUCGGGCCUAUAUGGGCCAAGCCUUCUGAACCCUUUGGAUCUGGUAUGUCGAACGCAACUGACACCUCUUGCAUGCUGGUUGGAUCAAAUCAGAGGCCCAUUAACCCUGUUCUGGAUAAACCCACUCUCUUCCCUAGAGUCCUGAGCUCACUCACUCUUACCCACUUUAUUCUAAACCCAAUCCCCCACCCAAUACCCAACCUUCAAAUCUUUAGCUGGUUAUCCUCUACCCAUCCGUUCCAUAUGAUUACCAUUUCCUCAAACCCACCCAGAACCCUCUUCUCUUCCUUCCAACCUUCAAUUGCCAAAGCCAGUCCUUUUCCUACCUCAACCCAAGCUCUUAGUUCCCCUGGAUUGACACAGUCCCCUCCUCCGAACCCAACUUUGAUUUUGAACCUGAUAGACCGUUAAUUACACAUGUUUUCACCCCUGUUCUUACACCGUUUGAGAUGUGGUUUCUCGUGUUUUAGACCGAUUUCACGCUAGGUUGUGCUUGUUUGUGAUAUUUCAGGUCCUGGCAAGUGAAUGAAGGUUUAGGAGCGAGUUCGGGGUCGAUUGGGCGAAGAUCGGGCGCGAGACAAGUCACAAAGGAGGUCACACUGGCACACCCACAACUCACACGGCCGUGCAAGUGACCACUUUGGCCGUGUGAGAUUGUGCGAGAGCAAACACGGCCUGCCCUGAUGUUCACACGGCCGUGUGAAGGAGUGGUUUGGCCGUGCGAGUUUCGCCGAGAGCAAACACGGGCAGAUGGAAAUCUCACACGGCCGUGAGACCCUGGCCGUGUGAGAAGCCUGAAGAUCGAACUAAUUGGAACGCAGCGUUUUGACUCACACGGGCAACUGGGUAAGCCACACGGCCGUGCCACCCUGGCCGUGUGAGUCGGGAUUUUCUGCUUUUAAGCAGAUUUUCAGCCACAAGUCGAGGGAUUCGAGUUUUAGAGAGACAGAGCGAUUCCUAGAGAGAGAAAGCGACGAACAAGAGUCUCCAAGUUCCCUAGCUUGAUCUUCAUCACCAUUGGAGGCCAGUUUGAGCUUGGAGAAGUGCCAAUCAACGUCCAGGAGCAGGAAUCCAUCCUUCACAGUAUGAAUUCCGCGUCUGAUUCUGCUUUUGCCUCUUUCUCUAUGGAGUAGUUCUCCCAUUCAUCUGGGUAUGGAGAACCCUAGAUUUGUAUGUUAGGCUUUGGUUGUAUGAACCCAAGUACUGAUUCUAUGAUUUGAUUAUAUUCGAUUGAGGUUUGAAUGAUUGAAUGACUUGAAUCCUGAUCAAAUUCCUGUUGUUUCUGCUUUGACCUAGAAUGAGAAUAUCUGCCUAGGUUGAUAGAGCAUCCUUGAUUGAAGGUAGGGAGUUGGUGACUUUAGUCGAGGAGCCAACUCACUAUUCUGUACCGGAUUUACUCCGAUAGUGGAGGUUUUGUUUGUUAAGGCCUCAAUCUGUUUACUCCGGUGGAGGUUAGUCGCCCGCUAGAGACUCAGAUUGAGAGGGUCUGAAGACCUUUAGUCGAGACUUCAGGCUGUUUAAGAACCUUCCGCAGUAUAACUAUCAUAGAAACUGAACUUGGUAAUUACAAUCCGACUUAACUGCAGUCUAGGGGGAACCAUAUCCGGGUGACCUCUCUUAACCUGAAUACAACCGUUUACUUGCU